UUAUUAACAGAUAUUAACAAAUUCAAAAUACAAAUAUUUGCCAUUUGUUCAGAAUCAGUAAACGUGUGGAUAAAUAAUAUUGACAAAAUGGUACAGUAUCAUGAAAGACAAUAUUGCGAUUAGUAUCUAAAUCAAUCUUUUUCCCAUUACUAAAACAAAAUGGGUUUUGUAAACAUAAUGUGGUCAACAUGUAGUUGCAAAUUAGACAAUGUGUAUGCCCAUACACCUACUUGGUAAGAGGAGUACGGAAGCUCGGGAGGAGUACAUCCAUACGCAUGAGCAACACAUUUACACUUCCGGCAAUGAGCACUCAACUUCCGGUUGGUGUGGACACAGGAACAUAGAACACAUUUUAAAUAAACACAUGGCAGUUUGAAACGUCAACCUUUUUGUUCAAGAGGUUUAGAGCUUUAAAAAUACACACUCGCGUUUGACAACAUUACGCAAUGAAAGUUAAAGUGCUUUCCCGGAAUCCUGACGACUAUGUCCGUGAGACAAAGUUGGAUAUCCAACGUGUACCAAGAAAUUACGACCCGUCUCUCCAUCCGUUCGAGGUGACAAGAGAAUAUACACGCGCCCUAAAUGCCACCAAGCUGGAGCGGGUGUUCGCUAAGCCAUUCCUGGCUUCUCUGGAUGGCCACAGGGAUGGGGUAAACUGCAUGGCCAAGCACCCUAAGAGCCUCUCUACAAUCCUGUCUGGUUCUUGUGAUGGGGAGUUGAAGCUUUGGAAUCUCACCAAACGUGAGUGUGUCCGUACUCUCCAGGCUCAUGAAGGCUUUGUUAGGGGGGUGGUCGUCCGCUUCUGUGGCUCCUCCUUCUUCACGAUUGGUGAUGACAAGAAUAUCAAACAGUGGAAAAUGGAGACCCCUGGAUAUGGAGAGGAAGAGGAACCUAUCAACACUAUUCUUGGGAAGUCUGUGUUCACCAGCAUUGACCACCACCAUAAGGACGCUGUGUUUGUGACAAGUGGCCAGCAGGUAGACAUCUGGGACGAGCAGCGCACCAGUCCCAUCCGCUCCUUCUCCUGGGGUGUGGACAGCAUCAACUGCGUUCGCUUCAACCCCGUCGAGACGGAGCUUCUUGCAAGUUGUGCCUCUGACAGAAGUAUUGUGCUGUAUGAUAUGAGAGAAGCUGCACCUCUUAAAAAGGUCAUCAUGACAAUGAGAAGCAACACUUUGUGCUGGAAUCCCAUGGAAGCAUAUCACUUCACCUGCUGUAAUGAAGAUUACAAUCUGUAUACGUAUGAUAUGAGGUACCUAGACAAGCCCUACACUGUGCACAUGGACCAUGUCUCCGCCGUGCUGGACGUGGACUACUCUCCAACGGGACAGGAGUUUGUCUCUGCCAGCUUCGACAAGUCCAUCCGCAUCUUCCCCAAAGAUGGUGGCCAUAGCAGGGAGGUAUACCACACCAAGCGCAUGCAGCAUGUCAUCUGCAUCAAGUGGUCGUCAGACAACAAGUACAUCCUGAGUGGUUCAGAUGAGAUGAACAUCAGACUAUGGAAGGCCAACGCCGCCGAGAAGCUGGGAAUGCUAGCACCCAGGGAGAAGGCAGCUGUGAACUACAACCAGAAGCUGAAGGAGAAGUUCCAGCACCACCCGCAGAUUCGCCGCAUUGCGCGCCACCGUCACCUGCCCAAAGCUGUCUACAGCCAGGUCAAGGAGAUACGCAUCAUGAAGGAGGCUCGCAGCAGGAAGGAGAGGAACGUACGUAAGCACGCCAAGCCCGGCUCCAUGCCCGUGGUGACGGAGAAAGAAAAACAUGUGGUCACUGUGGUGAAAUAGAAGGAAAGGGUCAGUGUGACCUAAAGGACUGAUUAGAUGAAAAAGUGAUGGAUCACCUCCGGUUACAUCGACAGGUUGAAGUGGCUGGUACUGAAUCUAUGCCAGGUUGGCCUCUGACAAAUGCUAGCAGCUGACCAGUUUAGAGCACAGGUAUUAACCUUUGGUUUUGUGCAGAAGUUAGUAUGGCCCCACUCCGUAUGCAUCUUAACAAUUUAAUUAUGUAAAUUGUUGAUUGUGUUUGUACUGUUUUGUAUUUGUUCAUAUGCAGAUAAUACAUGAUGAUUCUAAUGCCAAUAGUUUUCAGACAUGGCAUGAAAGUGUUUUUCUUUAAAGAUGAAGCUCCAAAUUAAAAAGUUCUGUUGUAAAACAAAA